AUGGCGGCGGCGACUCAACCCCCAGCCCGCCAGCUCAGCCGACUCCAGAUCCCACCCCCGGUGGGCCAGCCGCAGCCCUUCGUUUAUGGCGACAACGCCCCCGUAUUCUCGCCAAGUCUUCCCACCGCAAUAAAUGUCGGAGCGCAUCAUACUUUUCCUGCCCCUCCACACCAGUUCCCCCUUCAAACUCCCAUGCAAACCCAGUUCUUUCCACGGCAACCUCCAGGAGCACCACUUCGUCCUGGGCCAGGCAUGCACCGCGCACACCCAAGCAUCGUGCAGCUGGCUGCAGCUGGUAUUUUGCCUCCGCAGGGUAUGCCCGUCACCCCACUGGGUCAGGCCCGCUUUCCGAACCCCAUGGUUCCGCCGUCUCCGCUGCCACCGCCAUUUGUCCCACGGAGUAAGCGUACGCAAAGUGUCGCCACGGGCGGGCCUCCAAAGGCUGUUCUGGGUGGCCCUCAGGGCAAAGUCAUUGCGAAGCCUGUCGUUGUCGCUGCUGCCGCGCCCCAACCAAAGGUGAAAAAGGUCAUCGUCAGCCUUCCAAAGGAAACUGUCCAGGAGGGCGAGCAGAAGGGAUCGCGUCAGCAAUGGGCGAGAACGCCGCUUCCACUGUCUGAAGUGGUCAAGCACGGCGAAAUGCCACCGCCGGAGCUCGUUUCUGCCGAGCCAUUCCCAUCUGACGCAUGGCGAAAAACCAUUCCGGUUACAGUAGACGUGUUCUUGCCGGGCAAGCCCGCGUGGAAAAUCGUGAAGCAGAAAAUGAUCGAGGAAAAGCUGGAGAAGCUUGGGGUGGAGAAGGGUUCAGGUAGUUCUGUGCCGCAUAUACAUGCGCCCCACGCACGAGCAGCAUCGAUUUCUUCACCUGCAGACCCGGCCCUUCUCUACUUCAAGCUCAACAAACUACAGCAGUCACAGAAUGCUCCGGGAUCGGGCCCCAUAGCUGUGUCCCCACAGCUACCCGCUGGCACGUCUUCGUCUCCGGGCGGCAGCGUUCCUCCUCGUUUCCAAAACCGUCAUGGACAUAGUCUGUCGCUUGCCCACUCAGGCACGCUCUACAACCCUUCGGCCGCUUUUAAUCCAUUUGGCCCAUCAGCAACGUUGGGAUCUGACCAGAUCUUCCAGCGUUCGUCGCCCGGUGCGCCCGGAAUCACCGCCAAUGCCGAAUCUGCGCCGCUGCAUGCACCGCAAGGGCGCGUUCCUGCGAACGUCAAUUCUCUAGCCGUGCCCGCCCCACUUUCACGUCCGGAAAGUCGACCAGAUUUCAGUCGUGGGUUUGGCUUGGACGUUACAGAGGAAGAGGAAGAACCGCCAGAAGAGGAACAGCGCGACGAGGGCGAACUUACCGAUGCACUUGCGGACGCGACGGAGACGACUGACGAAGACCCGCUUGCAGAUGGUACAACCACGGCGGCGCAAAGCAGGAUCCACUCGCGUCACGUGUCUAAAUUAUCCGCCGCUCUGUCUCUCUGCUCAGUUGGCAGGAAUGAGGAGCAGGUCAUUCUCAACAGCUCUACACCUCCUAUGGCUACGUUGAAAGAGCCAGAAGGAGAACAGGAGGUCCUUGACACGGAUGCCGUAGAAGAAUGGACCGGUUCAGAAGAUAUGAAGGAGACAUCCGAUGACGAGGUUUGUCCGCCUUAUAGUAUCGGUGAAUGGUCGAACCCUUCCGAUGAAGAAAGAGCGCGGCAAGACCGCCUUCAUCGUCGUAUGCUGCGUCGGGCUAGACGAAUUCACCGAGAUCUUGAGGCUCCAAGGCGGAUCCCCAACUUCCCUCGUCCUCCAGAAACUUUCCUGCCUAUAUCCAGUCGCUCAGACGACGACGUCAUUUCCAACCCGAGUGACGAGGACAGAAGACAAUAUCUCGGCUAUAGUCGUCCGCAAGAAUUCAUCCAACCGACGUCAAGUCACAGUAGUAGCAAAGGCAGACCUCUUCCGCCCUUACCUCAUUCGCGGACCAACUCUGCUCAUUUCUCAUAUCACGAUCCAGCUCUUGCACACUCACGGGAGGCGUCAAAUUCCUUAAAGCAAGGCGGUGUGCUUUCUCACCCUGCUUCGAAUCAGUCUCCCACUCCUGCUUCGAACGUUCUUCGGACUGAAUCACUCAAUCCGCUUGCUAAGCCGUUCGUGUUCGAUAUUAAACCAACGUCUUCCACUGUAGCCCCUGCCUCAGCACCUGCACCUGCCGCACCAGCUGCUACCCAUGUUCGUGGCCCAUCGUUCAGUAAACCACUCAAUGUCGCAGCGCCCGAGUUCAAGCCUGGAGGUUUCACAUUCAAGCCGCCACCCGGCGUGCCACAGCUUUCCUUCCCUCAGCCCGCGCCUCGCCCACUGCCCACGCCGCCUAUUGUAUCAACAGAGCCUCGGGCAACUCAAGGCCGGGAGAAGAGGCAGCGACGCGGAUCACAUGGCUCGUUUGCGGACGACGAAAGCGCGGACGAUGCUAACGACACUAUGUCGUCAUUCAGGUUCCCACCCCCAGCGGACGACGCGAAGGUCCUUCGUCAUUCCGCACCUGCGAGCCCGCCGGCUAGCGCUGGGCCUCUUAAUAUAAAUGCCAAGCCGCUUACGUUCUCCGGCUUCUCCUCAGCGUUGCACUUCACGCAGGACGACAGCGUGCUUCCUGCUCCACUAGUGGCUCAAGGUGAUGCUCUCGAUAGUGGACCUGUUGCUGAAAGUAUGCAGAAGCCUGAUCAUGCUGAACCAGAGGCCGCGACCGAGCUGCCGUUCCCUCCUCAAGCCAAGCCCAAGCGUGCGCCGAUUCCUCUGGACUUCAAACAUCCUGUCUCGACCAAUACCGUUCCCGCCGGUCUGUUCAAGUCAGUUAUCAAUGCCGACAACGAUGAGCGCACCCGCCGCCAGGUGCGUUCCCGGCUCAGCUCCAGAGAUAUCUUCGAGCACAGCCCACGUCCUUCGCUCGACGACCUUGCCGUCCCUGCAAUCGCAAAACGGCCGAAUCGCAGGAUGCUCACUGACCCUGGCGCGUGGGACCCUGCCGAAGAAGGGGGAGAUGAGGAAAUCUACAGUCCUCGCCUGCUGCGCCGAUCGUCCGCCCCUACACGUCGUGGCAGUAUGUCGGAGUCGGAAGUGUCGUUUGGCCCUAUCAAUGUUUCGAGGACCAUUGAGCUACGGCGGUACGAGCAGCGGCUGGAAGCUCUACUAGAAGAGAAGAUCGGUUCGAUCAAAAAGGCGUUGGAGGAACGGAACGCGUCUGACGUUCCCCAGGCACUCCCCUCUGAGGCUAUCGUCGCGGAAGCGAUAGCUGCGUUGCGUAAACAGCUGCAAGAAUCUGCCAUCGCUUUCAGGCCACUUCCUAAGAACGAUGGCGAUGCAGAUGCCCGCGGCGACUUUGACUUCGAGAUGCUCAGGGACAUCGUAUUGCAGAGUCAGGCCGAGUCUCGCAAUGCCAUCCAGCGCGACCUAGAGGAGCUGUUCACAGCGCGCAGUCCGGCCAACGACUUCCGCAAGUUCGCUGAGGAGCUGAGCGAGCGCACGAUGAAGGCGAUUAUGACGGCGACCUCGCAAGUCACUAUGCAAAUGCACACGGUGGAGAAGUCGCGCGGCUCGUUCGCAGCGGAACGCGAGAAUCUCAUUCGGGAUAUGCUAGCUGCCUUCACGCCCCACCUCACUGCAGUUCGCCACGACCCUAUAGACUACGAUGUUCUGACUGAACAGUUGUCGCAGGCGGUGAAACCACACAUUUCCCAGCUUAUUGACCUUGCGUCUGAUAAGCGGGAGACUGCCGGACUCAUCGUCGACAGUCUAGUUCCUAUGCUCUCCAAGAUGUACCCGCCGCAACAGUUCGACGCGGACACGGUCGUCAGUCGUCUCUCCAACGAGGUGCGGAGCAUCGUAUCGGGGCUCGACGCGCACGAGAUCAAGGAACAGGUGUCUGACCUGGUAGUUGCUCGCUUGGAAUCGAGGUUAGCCGUCCGGGAUCGCCACUUUAGCGCCGAUGCCGUCGCGGACAGGGUCAAGGAGAGCGUUCGGGGACUGCUACUUCCUCUUAACACGAUCCAGAGCUCACUAGAUUCCUUGAACGCUGAGACCCCGCAAGCAAUCCUCGAUGCAUCCAACGUGCAGCAGGCAGUUUCUUCCGCUCUAGCAGAUCUUCCAGCUCAGCUACGCGCGGUAGUAGAGGCUUUCGGUGAGGUACGGGCGCAAUUGAAGUCGCAGCCCGAUCGCCAGAUCCGAGACGCUGCUUCUGCGGGCGACAUGCAACAAGUCCUCGAGAGUAUUGAAGAUGUCCUUGACGAGCAGAAGCGACUGGUCUCGCAAAACAACGAGUUCUCCGAUUUCUGUCAAGACAUUCUUAAGCAUAUCAAUGAGCUGCCCGAGGCGAUUGUUGAAGCAACGAAGGUCCUCCAGAACGCGCAUUCCGACAUGUUGUCGCGAGACACCUCGCAGAAGGACGCUGAAGAAAUCCGCCACCUCGUGUCGGUCAACGCUGAACUCCAGGUCCAGCUCGCGAAGGCCAGAGGGUCUCAUGGGCAAGUUCGGGUUGAGAAGGACGCACUGGCCGAUCGGAUGCAGGCUGUCGAAAUUGAACGGGAUAGCUUCCGUGCUAAGCUUGAAGUGGCCGAGUCUUCUAGCGCAGCCAAGGCUGACGAGGUUCGCGCAGCGGAAGCGCGCGCUGUUGAGCUUGGGACGGUCUUGUCACAAGCUCUGGAGCGCGUCAAGUCCUUUGAUGAUGCAUCUCAGAGCAACCAGGAUCGUAUUCUGCUCCUGGAGACCACCGUGGCAGAUCUAACCCACGAGAAGGAGCAGCUGAUGUCUCAGGUCGGCAAGCUUGAGAUGAAUGCUUCAUUCGCCGGCCGCGAGAAGGACUUCCUGACGCAAGAGCUCAGUGCGCUAAGAAAGCGGAACGAGGAAUUAGCCACUCAGCAAUUACAGUGGGAUGAACUUCGCCGCACGUCUGAGCAUAUGCAGAACUUGGCUGCGGUGAUUGGCCGUGCAGAUGAUGAAGAGAUGCAAGAGCUCAAGCACAUCCGCGACAACUACAAGUCUUUAGAGGCUGACUACACGGCUCUCCAACGGCGCUUCAAAGAUCAAGAAGUCAAGACUGCGAAUAACGAGAGAACAGCCCAAGCCGCGCGCCAGAGUCUUUCUCAAGCUCAACAGCGCGCUAUCGAGUGGGAGAAACGUGCCAAGGAAUAUGAGCAGGAACUCGACUCAGCCCGCUCGAGGCUCAGUGAAGUCGAGCAAGUCCAGUCGCAAUUGGACGCCGACUAUUCCGUGCUGAAACUACAGAUGGAAGAAAGGGAUGCUGAGGAACGCCUCGCCAAGGACCGCGAGAGCAAGUUACGCGACCAAACUGCCUCUCUUGAGGCACAGCUGGCGCGCGCCCGAGCGGAGACUGCUUCAAAGCCUAUCAAUGGGACCUCGACACAUGCACCCAUACCUUCCCGUGUCCGUCAGAACGGCUAUACCCGCGCAUCUCAUACCCAUGCACGUCCUGAUUCACGUGCGAGUACGGUCUACGGUGAUAGCCGAGUCGUCACUCCUGCCGCACAGCACAACGGCUCACACUAUGCACCGAACAUCCAAGCCGUCUCACCACAACAAUCCGUCUGGGAUUCCAUCCAUGCACCGACUGCUAGACAACCGAUGACACCGAAAGCCGUCAGGCCGCAUUCAUACUACCGGCCGCAGAUACCCUCACCGACACCGAGUACGGUUUCAGCCGCACCGACGCUCGGCGAUGACGGCUGGUGGCAGUGA